GUUGCCUUCUUUGUUUGCAGAACCGGAGCUGAGAGAAGAGAGAGAGAGAGAGAGGGGGCACGGGGAACGGGAUAACAUUGAUGACACAGGUGGUGAAGGUGACCCGCCACCCGGGCCAGAGAGAGGGGGGGAAUAAGGUUAAAAGGGGAGAGGGGAUUUUAUCUGAAGUGGGAGUUGCACUCAUUCCCUCCUCCCCGGUGCAGUGACGGGUGAUGAUUGAUCGAUUGAUCGAUUGGUGAUGGGUGUUGUGUGGGGCGCUUUAUUAAAUCUGCGGCUCUCCCGUUUGACGUUUAAUAUCAGUCUGAGAAGAUCGGAGUGAUCGUUCUCCUGCGCUGGCUGUGGCGGUUCUUUCCCUGCUCUCCUUGCCGAUCCUGCAGCUUGUGUUGGCGUUGCAGUUAUCGGUCUCUCAUUUCCUUUCGUGCUCUGAGGAUCGAAGAACCCAAGAAAGAAAUUCAACAAAUUCACCGAGAGAGAGAGAGAGGGAGAGAGUUCUGGUGGUCACACACGGAGGCAACAGAAAUUUUGACACAUUUUUCGUCCAUUCGAAACGACAAGGAUCAUUUCAACUGUGUUUUUCAAAGCCCAGCUCAUCUUUCAAGGAUACCCAAUCACAAAACAAGAGACCUCUUUUUUCCUGAUUUGCCAACGGAUUUGGGUUCCAGAUGCUGAGGAACAGGCCAAGGGCAGUGACAGGAAACAAGCAAGCAUUGGUGGCCGAUCACCGGUCUCAGUCCACCACCACCACCACCCCCACUCAGAACAAUCACACCUCUAAUAACAAAGCAAUCUUCCCGUUUUUCUUUGCUUCGAGAUUCAUGGAUUUGAUGAUCAAGACUGCACUCACCGAGCCCAAAUACCUAAUGGGCGUGGGCGGUCCGAGCAGCCCGAGCAUAACCCUCCACAUCAAUCCUUUUUCUCACCUCCAAUUCCCAUUUUGGUACCAAAAAUAUCACCAGCCUCCGAGAUUCCCAGAUAAAUUCCAUGAAGUCAAGAGACACCCAUUUCGAGAGCUCGACUCCACCGCAAGGACCGGCCUCGCUCUUGUGGACGCACUGUCGAACGACAAAGCACGCACCCAUCGAGAAUCUGUCCUCGAAGGAAGCGACAAACUGGUCUUGCCCGGAUCAAGAUCGAAAUUUGAGGCUCCUCCUGCUCAAGAGCCCGCUGUCUCUCCAAGCGGGUCUCGGAAUUUUGCGUUCCUUGAUGAUCAGGUGCCGUUGAGAGGGCGUUUGUCCGUGAGCGAGAUAGAGCGCUUGGCGGACUACACGUGCGUGAUAUCUCGCGGGCCUAACCCUACGGCCACCCAUAUUUUUGGUAGCUCUGUAGUGGACAAGUACUGCUUGCCCAGCGAGGUUAAGAAGCACGCACUGCUUGGUCCAGAUAACUUCCUCAGCUCCUGCCACACUUGCAAGAAGAGCAUUGAACAGAACGCGGACAUUUACAUUUACAGGGGCGAGAAAGCUUUCUGCAGCAACGAAUGCCGGUUCGAACAGAUUCUGCGAGACGAGGCAGAGAUCGCUGUAGAAGCUGAUGACGUUUCUCUCUAACUCCGGCACUUCACACCUCCCAAAGUUUCGUGCAUCUCGAGAACACUACUAUUUCAGAAUUUGCGGAGAGGUUAUCAUUAUUGAAUUCACGGGACUAGACGUCUGCCAGAUUAGGGAGAACUUUAAAAUUUUCUUCUUUCCCCAUUUCUGAAUAUAUUUUUCGAAACCCUUCUUCAUAUCGCACCUCUCCUGCAGAUACGACACGAGAGAGGGAGGGAGGGAGGGAGGGAGGGAGGGAGGGAGAGAGAAUAUUUUGUAGAAGCCUCCUCCUUGAUCAUGAUUUUUUUCUCAUCAAUUUUCCGUUUUGGAAUCAGCAGACGAAGCAAGCAAGAUCUCUACUUGUUUAAUACUUUCUGUCCUUUCAUGAGUAAUAAAAAAAAAUGAUGCUUGCUUCUGAGCCCUGCCCACAGCCAAACACCUCA